CCUUGCUUCUCGACACAGCGCCUACAAACUGUGCAUCAAAAAUCACCCCAGUAAACACUUGAGCCGAUUUAACAGCAGACAUCUGACCCUCCUGAAUGAGCCUGAGAAGAUUCAUCUCUGCUCCCUCGCCUCAGGACCGCCUCCCUCACUCUUUAUUUAUCCUCAAGUUCGGCAGCUGAUACUGGCUCAGUCAAAAGGAGGGUUUCUUUUCGCAGCUGAGAAGACCAAGGGCAGUUUGACAUGAGGGGAGACGCUCCACAAAGAGGCAUGAAGACCACAUGUCUGUGGGCUGCUGCUCUUCUGCUGUCAGUCAUCUCUCUGGUUGCCGGUGCUGAUUUACCAAGUUCAGGAAAUUCGGACUUGAGAGACAGCUCAAAACCCAAAGUGAAGACCUACUGGACUGAAAGCAGCAAGGCCUUCUCCAUAAGCCGUCUGCUGUCCCAGACUCUCUAUGGCAAAGAGAACUUCACCUCUUUGGAUCUGAACUACGACGAAGCAGACUUGUACUCUAAACGGGAGCAGUGGAACUGGCUUUACAACACUUCAAACCCCCGUGAUCCUCGAUCCAGGACAAAAAGGAGACCCAUCGUCAAGACUGGCAAGUUCAAGAAGAUGUUCGGUUGGGGUGAUUUCCAUUCCAACAUCAAGACAGUGAAGCUCAACCUUCUCAUUACCGGUAAAAUCGUGGAUCACGGCAACGGGACAUUCAGCGUCUACUUUCGCCACAACUCGACCGGUCAGGGCAACGUGUCCGUGGGACUCGUUCCGCCGACCAAAGCUGUGGAGUUCCAGGUGCACCAGCAGCACCAGCAGUACCACCACCAUCACCACCAGCAGCAACAGACAGCUCUGGAGACCAAGGACACCAAGCUGUUCAACUGCAGGGUGGAGUACGAGAAGGUGGAGAAGGGCACCAGGAACUCACUGUGUGCCCACGACCCCUCACAGAGCUGCCCACAGGAGCAGACCCAGAGCCACGUGUCCUGGCUGUGCUCCAAGCCCUUUAAAGUCAUCUGCAUCUUCAUCACCUUCUACAGCACUGACUACAAGCUGGUGCAGAAGGUGUGUCCAGAUUACAACUACCACAGUGACACCCCUUACCUGCCCACCGGGUGAUCACAUGACCAGACUAGGAGGGGAAAAAAGACGGGAGACAAGAGACAAGCCGUCGAGUCUUAAGCGGUGUCAGAUUAUUUGAAUGAAAAUGGAGUUAAGACACUUCAAACUUGAGACGUUGACAGGCAUUAUUACAGCUAACAUAUCUUUCUCGCAAGACUGAUAUUGCGGCAAUGAACAGACCAACCCUGAGGUCAUUAUGAGAGCAUUUAGGGAAGCAUUUAUAGGCUUGCAAUACUCAUAUUAUAUGCAUAGCUGCUUACAUCGAAUGGAAAUUCUCAAGCCAACCGUAAAAAUAUGCUGAUUGUAUUUAUGUAAAUAUUGUGGAUUCCACACAAAGACCAGAAAACAAUUUUAUUAAUGUUUUCUCCUGCUAAUUUAGUUGUUUAUGUUGAUAGUGAAUUUCCGUCUCAAUCAUGCUUUCUGUCUUUUCCAAUCAGUCUCUGGUAAUCAUUGCAAACACGUAAAUGUCAAUGCAAAUAAGAAGAAUCUGUCAGUAUGCAUUAGAGGGCAUAAUGGAAAAAGCAAACAUAUUUUGAGUGGUGUUGUUUUCUGCAGUGUGAUUGUUAGAGUGAAUAUACCUCUGAUAGUGUUGUUGGGAAUCUCGUCCAUGUUCAUGCAUGAACUCAAUGUGGUAAACAACUGAAUAACGUCCAUCUAUAGUUUCAUGUUACUUCAAAACUAAUCCUCAUCAAGUCACAGGAGUAAAAGAAAAAACAGUGCUUCUAUUUCAAUCCUGUGUUAUGUGUUAGCAGUUUUAAGGCCAUGCACAGUGAUGACAAUGACACAAAUGGAGGGCUCACAUCAGAUCAAACAUAAGCAAGUAAAUGUUGCAAUAAAUAAAUAAAACUAAAAUAAAGACACACGAGAUGACAGAGAUACAAAAGAUCAUUUUCUGUGCUGCCUCUUGUAAAAAUCAAACAUAACUGUGCUCUAAUUCUGCUGGUUUCACAGUUCUGUAUUUCCAUUUUAGACAUUUAGAUGUUGCUCUCAUUUUUAUGACUUUACAAGUUCAUUAUAAUACAUUUCAAGUCCUGCAUCACUAACAUGACACAACAUGUGUCAGAGCCACAGUGGUCCUGCAGUUUCCAGAAAUAACUAACUGCACACACUGGAGUAAUCAUUAAUAUAGAAAAGUGCUAAUAAUGACAGGAAAACAAGGUCAAAAGUGUUUGAAAGUGUUUAAAAAAUAGAUAUUAGAACAAUCAGAAGAGAGGAAGACAAGGAAGGAACACAGAAGAUCAUUUAAUAAAGUUAAUUUAACAAAGACUGAAACAGAACAAACGCUGUGUUGAACUGUGAGAUGUGGUAAAAUGUGGUUUCUUGCUCCAGAAGAGAGAGGACAUACAUUAAACAGCAGGUGCUAAUCACACAUUCCACCUAUGGUUGGUUAUCAAAAAAAUAAAAUUCUGGAUGAGACUUAACACUAGCUGUUAAUGGUAUUGGAUGUUCCAAUUGGCUAUUAAACCUUCAUUACAUAAAUUGGGAGCCAGUGGCGCCACGUGAAGCAUUUAGAGGAAAUGAACACAGUGUAAGUGGGAGCUCUGCAGAGUCAACACCACAGAAAGAAUGAAUUAAAGUGCUGAUAGAAAACCUGUUAAAAAAAAAAAAAAAAAAGCACAAAUGUGCACCUAGGGGCGCAAUCACUGCUGUCUAUUUAAAUUCAGUGCUGUUUCACAGUGUACGCUGGUAUACGCAACACAGUAACUGCUAAUGGCAGCCUGGACGACAUCCAAUAUGCCAACAUGGGGUGUAUUUUGUGACAAGGCAGGCCAAAGAAUAGGGGUCUGCCUGUGGGAUGAGUGAGCAUAAGGAGGAAUUUAUGAUGUGGAGGAACAAGGCUGGCAGAAAUCACUGGAAGCACCUGACUCGUAAAUUGAGAGCAUGUUUCUGUCACCUAGAAGAAGGAAUGACUAAUGUCUCAGAUUGCUGUUUGGGCCAGUUCUUUCAUCUCAAUAAAGUGACUUUGAAAUCUCUCCACCCUUACCCAAAUGUGCCAGGGACAGUUUGUUCAGCUUCAAAGAAUUAAAGCACCACUUUGCAGAGACAAUGCAGCCUCAUUAUGCACAUAAUCUUACAAGUGUAAACAGUCGUUGGUGUGACAGCUACUGAGAGAUGUAUCUGUUCCCCGAUGUCGUCUGAGGCUACAACGUAUCUUGUUGUGUACUGUGGCCAUAUGAAGUAUACUGUAGAUGUCUUCACAAAUAUAACUUUAAGCUGCACUAACCAAUAUUUUAACAUUAGCAAUGGAUGCCUAAUGUGAAAGGUAUUGCUUUUUGUGACAGACCCACAGAUUUUCACCUCAGCUCUGCGUUUUGACAUCUUUCAGCUUAUUGUUUUGGUUUUACGGCCCUCAACGUUUUGAUUCACUCUCGUCGCUCUCAUCAGCAUCGUUUCCAGCAGCGCCUGCCCAGCGCCGAACAGCUGACAGACGAAGUUAGCCACUAGCUUGUGAAAAUAGUAGAGUACUUAGCAGCUAAAGAGCCAGAUGUUUCCCUCAGGAGUUGGUAGAAAGUAAAUAAGUGUACAUUUUCAACUUCUAUUCAAAAAGACGGUUCCAAAUGAAUAUUAACAUUUUUCUGUGUCUGCUGAAGUGUAAAUAAAGACCUAACAAGUUGGCCAUAUCAGCUUUAUGGAGUGAUACUUUGUCAGUGUUUUGUUUACAGCUUGUUUAGGAGUCUAACAAGGGAUGAAAAAUCUGCAAAUAGUUACUGAUUUAACAUAUUUUGCAUCUGUAAAUAUGACUAACUUAGUUAAUCUAGUAUUAGUACCUUUAUAAAAAUUUUGGGAGAGACAACAGGAUCCAAUUUUAUGUUUUGGCAUCUAGUGCUACGGCCAUUUUUUGUUAACUUUCAGAUUACUGAUUGUACCUUCAGUACAACUCAAUAAACGUAUUAAACAGAGGGGAUGUAGAAAGUAGAGUUUUAUAAUUAAAACAUAAGAAAUAUAGCUUUUCAGAAAUUCAAUCAAAUCCAAUCUCAAAUAUCUAAUAACUUAGACUAAAUAACUAAAUUCAGCAGCAAAUCUCUUUCUUGGAGACUAAUUUGCACAAGUGGAAGAGGUUGGAUUAAUUUAACUCCUAUUUAAAGCCAAAAAUUCUUACAUUAUGUUAAUUUGAAAGCACCAUUUUACCCAACAACAAGAAAAACUAGCCGUUUCCUCAGAGAAACUGUCCAUUUAACGAGCUCAGCGUGCAUGAAAGAAACCGACAGCAUUACAACCCGGCAGUGUCUGGACGUAAGUUAUCUUUGGGCCCAGAUCUUCUCCCUCGGUUCAGUUGUCCUGGGUCGGAGCCAUCCAUGCCUGCCGUCUAUCCCCUAGCUCGCCCACAAUCCCUGAUUAAUGUGGUCUGGGCGGGAGCUGUCAGAAAUGGCAGAGAGAAUCAUGGGAUUUCUCCUUCAGAGUCCCAAUGACACCCAGCAGCUGCAGGAGUAAACAGAUGACUAACCACUGGCCUUUUGGCAGCCUGUAGAGAUUCACACGGAGGGAGGGCCGCGAACGUUGCUUUGACAUUUAGGUGGAUUAGAAAGUUCUUGGGUUCUGCUCUCGUGGUGUCAGAGGUGGUUGGCAUAGUAAUUAUUUGCAUCUUGGUUUUCUUCCGCUUGACCCCCAACCGCAGUAAAAAAAAUGUAGAGCUUCAUUUUCCCAUUUCCAGACGUUUGUUCAAAUGAAUUGUAUAAGUGUAAAACAUCUUUGCAAGUCACAUUUAUAAACAAAUCACAUUUUCUUUGAGCUGCUACAGAAGACACAAUAGGUAUCCUACUUUAAAAAACAACAACCAUUUGUCAUUUUAGACCAUGUCCUGCUGCAGAAUUCAAUUCAGAUCUGGGGCCGAUGCUGUCCUGGGGCACAGUUUUGUGUGAGGU